AUGCAAGAAACUAUGGCGCUGAUAAUCCGACAAAGUCGUUUUAUUCGAAACUAUUCAUUGAAUUUUGUAUCAGCUAUCGUGUUAGUUUUGCUGUCGAAAUUUAUCUUCCGUCAAUAUCCUAUUUCAGGAUUGACUUUGACGAUUUUCAACUGUCUUCUAUCAUCGCUCGUUUCAUUCAUUGUUUUACGAAUUUUUCACAAAUCGUCGACGAGCAGCCAGACGUCGGCUAUUCGAAUUCAAUCAUUCACUCGUACACUGAUAAUUUCAAUAUUGUUUGCAGGAUCUGUCCUAUUUAGCAAUUUAUCCUUACAACAUAACACUCUCGCGACGUAUCAAUUAAUAAAACUUCAAGUUCCUUUAAUGUUAAUGGUAAUUGAAUAUAUUCAACUACGAUCGAACAUAAAUUCCCCAUCGUUAACUGAAGAAAGAUUUCAUCGUGAUUAUUCGUUACCAGUUUUCGUUGCUUUUAUUAUCAUCGCUUUCGGAACAAUAGUGAAUAUUUCGUCCGAUAUACUUUUUCAUCCAUUUGGCGUCCUAUUCGCGUGUCUUAGCGUUUUAUUCAAUGCAUUCUAUCAAGUAUUAGUUCAAGAAGAGCAAGCAUCAACAACAUACGAACGACUGCGUUUUCUACAAAUUCAAACGUUAAUUUCUGCAUUCGUUCUGUUUCCUUUUUGGCCAUUUCUCGACGAGACAUUUCCAUUUACCCUUAUUGUUUUAGCACACUGGGAUGCACCAACUCUAUUCUUCCUAUGUGGUUUUCUUGCCUUUUUCGUUAAUGUUAGUGCAGUUAGCUGUAUCAAAGAUGACACCGCUAUUGGAUAUAAUAUGGUUGGACAAUUAAAAACUUUAAUCAUAGUAUUUCUUGGUUCCGCCAUAUAUCGCGAAGUAAUAAAUUCUCAACAAAUCGUUUCUGUACUGUUGACAGCAAUCGGCUCUGUGAUUUACGUAUACAUAACAUAUCAAAAGAAACAACAACUAGGAUAG